AUGUCGUCAUAUAAUCUUAUCAAUUGCAGGACAGGAAGGUAAUUAUGAAUUAGGCAAUUGCUAUGGAAACAUCUCAGAGUGCGAAGUACUGAAUUGUUCAAGGUUCGUUUUGACACCUGAAGAAUAUUUUCUAAAUGACAAUUUUACAGUGACGGAUUUAUUAUCUAAUAAAUUAUACAGCAAUGGAGAAUUUAAAAUAUUGGAUGAUAGUCGAAUUGAAUUGUGUGCCCAGUAUCAGGUUACGGAAGAAAAGUUCUCUAGCAUCGUCAGAUACAUCACACUUCUGGGGCUUGGGGUCUCCGUGGGGUUUCUUAUUCUUCAUCUCGUGGCCUUCGCCACAAAUGCCGUGCACCGGAACAUAUCUGGGAAGAACCUGGCCUCUCUUUGCACGGCUCUGAUUUUGGCGUAUGGAAAUUUCGUCAUUGGUCAACUCGUACAAGUUGGAGGCACAACCUGCAAGAUGGUAGCAGUAGUUACGUACUACAGCUUCCUCUCAUCAUUCUCAUGGCUGCUGGUGAUGGCCUUUGACGUGUGGCGUACCUUACGACUCUCAACCGUGCACCUGCGCGUUGUGUCCACAGAGUCUCGGUGGUAUAUUUUCGCCAGUUACUGCGCACUUUGCUGGAUCGUUCUGCCAGGAAUUCUCGUUUCCACGGCCCUUUCUAUGGAGUACUUUCAAGUCGACUCCGCUUUCUGGCCAGGGUUUGGUGUUCAAAACUGCUGGUUUGGAAAACGUAAAGCGUUAAUAGUCUUUUUCGCCAUCCCGGUUGGCGUCAUAAUGGUGAUGAAUAUUGCAUUCUUCAUAUCCAGCACGCACAUGAUCUGCGCAACGACAUUAGCGCAGUCUAACAAGAGUUCCAGCACUCACAGAGACUACAAACUCUUCGCACGCUUAGCUCUCCUCAUGGGUCUCACCUGGAUAAUAGGGUUCAUUGCUGACUACUUGAACUCCGAAGCAAUUUGGUACAUCUUCGUGGCUCUAAAUGCUUUUCAGGGAUUCUUUAUCUUCAUAGCUUUCACCUGGACAAAGAAGGUGAGGAAUCGAUGGAGAAUACAAGUUUCCAGAGACACUAAAUCAAAGUAUGCGGAAAAAGAAGUGACCUGCUGGACCUGGAGAAGUAGCAGGACAAUAAAUACGGAGACCUCCGACUAAAAUAUGGAACCCUGAUGAAAAAGACAUUCAUUCCCAUACCUGCACUCAAAGUCUUAUGAGGUUGAAGAUAUGGCCUCGUAUUGACUCGUAAAUAGCUGCAGAACACAAAAAUUUUCUUUGCACCAAGCGACAACAACAAAAGUUCUGUGAAUCAAUUAUCAGUAUCUGAACUAAUGGUUAAUUAGCAAAGGUCGAUAAAUAUUUAUACGCUUGUUAUUUCUACAUCAGUGUUUUAUGGCAGUUUCUAUAAGCCCCAUGAGAGGGGCUUCGUGUGUUCAUGGCGGCGGAAGAUAUGAUAAAAUUUGUCUUUACCAGUGGUUAUUAACAUGUUAGGCACAGGUAACCCUAAAACUUAACCACUAAAUCAAAACUGCAGUUUUCCUUCCUGAAUACCAGAGAAAUGUACUUUAAACUUAUUUAAAUAAGAGGUUAGUUUUUCAUAAAAUGAAAACGAAGAAAACAUGUUAAAUUUUUCAUGUGAAUAUCUCAGCGUAAAUGUUUAACUGCUUUCGCCUGUGUACUUUCGAGAUACAAAAUUUUGUCACAGCUAAUGCGUAAGUCAGUCCGUCAUUAAAACUCAUUUACGUUCUAUUUCUCUGUCUUGGAGAUUCUGGUAACCUCAGUCAGAUUUUUAAUAUAGAAUUUCUACAUAAGGACAAAUUAAUAGUGACUAAAAAUAUACUAAAUCCAGUAUUUGAGACGAAUUUUUAUGUGAAGGCAUUAGUUUAAUUUAGAGACAGCCCUUCACGUGUAAGAUACGGAAAUGAUUCAGCGUUUAAUUGAAACACAAAAUCGAGAAAUACCAGAUCAGGAAGGGGAAGGAGGGGGAGGAGAUGAGAUGCAGUUGAAUAGAUGAAGCUGUUCAGUUGUCCAGACUAAGGAAUAAAUGGAGAAUGCAAUUUAAGUAACAAGUGGUUAUGCAUAAAUGGGGAAAUAGCGUAUAGAUAAACAAUAAAUUACACAAAUAAAGCUAUGUGUAACAAAAUCCAUAGUUUUUCUUAAAAUCAAAAAUACCGCAUAACUUUGGAACCCUCGUUCGUGCUUCAUAACGAAUGAAUGUAAUAACAUUUAUCAGAAGUAUGAAUUUAAGUCUACAGGAAUGUAAGUUAAUGACUACGUAGACACUUACUGCAAAAAUUUCAGACAGUUAUUGAACACCUCGUAUUUCUAUAUAUUUCGUCUACAUGUCAUAAACGGAACCUGUAACCAAGAGUGAGGAAAAUGUCAUAAGUUUAGAAACUUAAGUGGAAGCUUUCUUUUGUGUUACAAUGAUGUGCUAUCAUUAAUAUCAUUGUCAUAAUACCGAUUUUUUUCAGUUUAAUAUCCCACGCAAAUAUGAAAUGAUUUGAUCUACUUUAAAUUUAAGAACA